CGUUUUGAUUUGUUUGUUGAACUUGAAUUAAAAGUGAAUUGAAAUUCUUGAUUUAUUCGCUGUUUCAGUUUUAUUUUCCUAUCUUUAAAUGAAUAAAAUGGUAAAUUAAUUAGAAAUAGAAAAAUAAUUAAUAUGAGCGUGAAUACAAUAGAGCUAAGCUCUAAUGAUUCAGAAGAUAGUCUUAGAUGUGAUAAUUACUUUGAUUUACUGAAAACUGAAGCAAAUAUCGUGGGAGAAGAUUUACAAGGACAUGUAGACUCAGAAGACAGUGUUUCUCCAUCUGCUAGUGGAACUAGUAAAAGUUCUCAAUCUCAAGAUGGAAAGAAGACUACCAGAAGGAAAAGAGCCAGUAGCACAGAAAGUGAAGUAAAGAAGAGAACCACUGCAGCAGAGAGGCAAGCACAGAAAAAGAAGUUGGCAGAAGAAAGAAAGACAGCAAAAGAUGCAAAUAAGAUAUACAAGCCUGGAGAGUGCAUGAAGCACAUGACAAUAGAAAUGCAUCCAGUGCUGCUAGAGUGUUGGUACUGCGCGGACAUCGCGCGAGAGGCGGGCGCCAGUGGGGUGAAGGUGCGGCCUUCCUCCGCCAUCUGUGACCCUGCUCUCGUACUGUGGACCAGAUCUGUGCCUCCUACGCUCACCAAAAAUCGGGGAAUGGUAGAAUUAACACCAUCUAAAGUGCAGUGUGAACGCGGUCUGUACGUGCGUCGUUUGGAAGACGCGGCGGAACUGAUCGCCGAACACUCACUCUCACAAACUAUACAGCUAGCGAGCCAGCUUGCGGCGUGCGACCUCACACUCGUGUUGUACGGAGUUAAAGAUUACUUCAAGACAUCAGGUCGAAAAACAGCAAACAGCUGCAACAAACUAAUUACAGAGAUUGAUUUGGAAAAAGCUAUCACAGAUCUCGUGGUGAGCGCGGACUGCGACACGGUCGUAGUGAACACGCCCAAUGAACUAGCGCUCACUGUACUGCACUUCACUAAAGCCGUCGCGGAACUACCACAUAAGAAAGCAAAGCGGGAUGUGGACGAGCAGGCUGACUUCUAUAUGCGCGGUGACAACAAGAAAUGUGUGGCCGUUGAUAAACACGGUAACGGACUAAGCCGCGUGUGGCAGCAAAUGAUAGCGGUUCUGCCGAUGGCCAGUUUGGAGUCCUCGCGAGCUCUGUGCGCUCAGUACCCCUCCCCUCUUACUAUGUACGAGGCUCUACUAACUCCCGGCGGCGUGGGGGCCGUGGCCGACGUGGGCGUGGCCCGCGCCGCCGUGCCUGGCGCCAGGGCGCGGCGCAUCGGACCCGAGUUCGCGAGGAAGCUGGAGCUGCUGUUCACGGCCACUGAUGGCAACACUCUGAUAGACUAAUUUUUAUAUGCUAGAACCCAGAACUGUGACAAGGUGUGAAAAAUGUGAUAAUUAAACUCAGUGAAAAUAAAUAAUUAUUUCGUU